CACACACACACACACACACACACACACACACAGUAGCAUCCGCUGCUGAUGUCAGACUUCAGUCACGUCGACCCUCCUCAGCUCCAUCAGCACCGCGUUCAUGGCUUUUACCCCAAACUGAUCAUGGACCUGUUCGGCAGAGGAGAGCUGGGCCUGCUGGGAGGAGAAGGACUCAGAGAUGAUGUGUCCGUGUCAGGGAUCAGCUGGUCGCCCAGCCGGCUGCCUGACGACAUGUACCCGGCCUCCGGUCUGGCUCUGGCGGCCGCCUAUCACGACAUCAAGACCCGGCUGGCCAGUCUGGAGAGAGAGAACAGCAGCAUUAAGAGGAAACUCAAACAAUACGAGGUCAAGUUUCCCAUGAUCAGUGGAUUUGGAGAGGACAGGAUUCUGUGCCGCACCUGUGAGCCCAGCAUCAAGGAGACCAGUGAGAUCCAAUCAGAAACCACUAACCUACAGCAGAGGAUCAACUCCCUCACACAGGAGCUGCAGAAGAGUAAAGAGCGAGAGGAAAGGUUGGAGGAAGUCAUCCAGGCCUACGAGAAGAUUCACAUGGAGAAAAGCAAUGUGCAGAGAGACCUGGACAAGAUGACGACUCUGGCUGAGCAGCAUGUGCAGAGGAUCCACAGUCUGGAGGCAGCUCUCAGACACAGAGGAAGUUCCCUCCACAAACCAGGCACUGCUCAGUGUCAGCUCCACGCCAGCCUGGACGUGCCCAGAGAGGCCCGGGGGCCGGCGCUGCAGAGCUCCCGCAGUCUGGACGCCCUGUCAGACCUGAGGAUACAGCGCAUGGAGGCGGAGCUGGAGGUGGCGCGUCACCAGGCCGAGGCCGCUUCUCAGAGGGAAGACGAGCUGAGGGCGGAGCUUCAGAGGCUGCAGCAGCAGUUUGCUCAGCUCCGGGAGGCACAGACACAGUCACAGGACUUGGCCCCACACUGCGAGCACUGCGACGUGGAGUGGAUCAAGAAAGCAGGAGACGAGCAGGUGAACCUGGCAUUGGCCUACACGGAGCUGACAGAGGAGCUGGGCCGCGUUCGCAGCUUGGCGGCCAAACAAAACGACGUCCUGCGCCGGGUGUCCCCGGAUCCUGGUUCAGCCUCGCGGCCCACCCCUCCCCCGCAGCGCCUCUCCUCUGACAGGCUACUGCCCAGCCCGUCCCCUCCUCUGUCUCCUGUCGACGGCCCUGCCUCCUACUGUCAGCAGCCAACCAGCAGCCGCCUGCGAGCAAAGUUUCAGGGUCGUCGUAGUUACUCUGAGGUAUCUGACCCGUCUGCCAUCCAGAGGCCGUCAGCUCGUCUGAUGAGGGAGCCGGUGUCCACCCUGCCCAAGCCCAGGUCGCUCCUAGCAGACAUGCAGAGCUACCAAACCAAGCCUCAGCUCCGAACCUCACUGUUGGGCCCGGUCCGACCGGCCUCAGCUCACGGGGCUGGAGACAGACCGGGAGGGGGCAUGGGGGAGAGAGGUGGGGGCGGCAGUCUGAGCAGCAGCCCUCACCACGGGGCUCUGGAGGUACAUCGCUUCCGUCAGCGUGACGACCUACCAGAGCCCACCCCACUAGUGACCCCUCCCCAGUCCUCUGAUGAUGAAGAGGAGGUCUGUCCAUACCUGUCGCCGCCUGCCAGCCCGCCUCGGACCCUUGGCGCUGUUGGGAUUGGUCUUUCGCCGCCUAGGGAACAGCCCAUCCGCCCGUCUUUCCCGUCUCCUAGGAAACAGGCACACCAUCCUUCCUUCUCGGCUCCUGAGGGCCCUGUCACCCUGUCCUGCCAUCUGCCCCUCUGCAUGAACACAGAGCAUGCUCAGUCCUGGCCCUCAAUAAAUCUCUGGAUGGAGUCAGAGGAGAACGCUGCUCGUAGCUGCCCUUUGUGUCAGCUGACCUUCCCAACUGGUUACCCCGACGACGCCCUCAUCAAACACAUCGACUCCCACCUGGAAAACAGCAAGAUCUAGAGUCUGCGGCCUCCAGCCAGCUGUCCUCGGACUGAAGAAGCUACCUGGAUGGUGGUGAAACCUUUCUACUGAAAUGAAGAAAGAUCCAACCUCACCUGGACGAGAAUCUUCACUGAAGCAAGAUCUAGAGCUAGAGUUUUUAUCAGGUGAUUCCCAGCCACGCCGGUCGUUUCCUGUUUAGCCUAAGCCUGCAUGCUUCAUUCAGCUCCUCUGUGCAACCGACCUGCUCCAGUCGUCUGCAGAUUUAACCCUGUGUAAUUUACACAGCAAGUUCCUCCCUCCCAGGUCCUCUGUUUUUUAUUAUGGCAAUUUGUUCACAGUGAUCCUAAUUGGAGGGUCUCCUUCUUUUACUAUUACAAAGACAUUUAUUGCCAGGAACUGUACAGUUCAGAACACUUCGGUGCAAAAGUCUCAUGGAACUAAAUAUACUACAAACUACGUAUGGACAAAUACAAACAUAAAGCAUUUACAAAAAAAAGGGAGGGUGCAGUCACAAAUAGUCCAACUUGUGGGGGGGGGGGGGGGGGGGGGGGGGGGGGGGGGGGGUUGACAUGGGGCUGAGCAGCUGUUCAGUGGGGAUGAAGCUGCUGUUGGUACGAGGUCCCAGUCCUGGUUCCGGAGCCUCCUGCCGGGCCCCGUGUCGGGUUGAGAGGGUUCCACUCGUCCCCGAGUCCUGGAGGGAUGCAAGCAGACACACAAUGACAUCUCAGACACAUAGACGCAGAAUCAUCCACUGGUCUGAGAGCAGCCGUUGUGAUGUCCUAGCACAUCUAAUGCUGAAUGACAUGCGGUAAUAAAGAGUCAAAGCUGGGUCCAAACACACGAGCGGCUGAGGACCAGAUUCAGAGCAAAGAAACAAGCUGAAACCAACUGUUGAGCAAAAUGCAAUAACCACAUUUAUAUUGAAUGAGUGGAACCAUCAUUUGAAUAUAGUACAUUUUCCAUAUUAUGGCAAACAUUAAGACUGUUACCAUUAUUUUACUUUAUGAUAAGACAUAGUUUACAUUUAAUCCCUUUAAUGACAGAAAAACAACCUCAAACAUUAUUUUCUGUUUCUUUCAUGUUUAUAGAGUUUUUCAUAGUGGUAGUUAGGAAACCUUACUGUGAUAUUCACAUAAUGCUUUGUAAUCAUUUAUUUAUUAUCAUUGAUAUAAUAUUUUAUAAUAAAUACAUUAAAAGCACAGCACAAAUUCACUGAGAACAUUCUAUUUUACUCUUUGCUAAUUAUACAUCUGGCUUUGUGUUGCUGGUCAUGCUACAGUACACGAUGCUAAUCAUCAACACUUCAUCAGAUAUGUAAAUAUUAUUUACAGAGUAGAAGACAAUAUUUAAUAAACAGCAGGUUACAAUAGUUUGAAUUGGCUGUAAAAAGGGUUUGUAGCUCAGUGAUAAUGUCUUGAAUUAUUAUAUAAACAUGACAAGACAAACUCAAUGUUUACGUUUCCUAUUUCAAAUGUUAAUUUCUACGCUAGAAACAUCCCACGCUCACAAAUGUUGGCUGCAAAGCCAAGUGUGUCACUGCAUGAAUCACUUACGUCUACAGUGCUGAACAUAAAAACCUCUCUUCUGACUUUGAGCUGUUACUGUUUUAAUAAAAGCCAAAGUUAUGAACUCA